AUGUGCCUCAGAGUUCAAUUUAUCAAUAGGGGGCGAGCGUGGAUCUGUGAUUUAUGCGCUUUCCUCCUGGUUGGUAUGCACUAUGGGAUUCUAAAUUGUGGAUCACUGUACUACCCUGGAAUGAUGGAGGCUACUGGUUACCCAAUAAGCGUAGUAACAUGGCUUGUCACCGGGCAAUUCUCAGUUGCCUUCUGUUUUGCACCAGUUUAUAACAAGAUUUUGGAUGUGAUCCCUUAUCGCAUCGCAACAAGCACAGCAGCCGUACUCACGUCCAUUGGAAUAAUCACCGCCACAUUUCUGAAUAACUAUUUCGCCUUCAUGAUACCCUUCACAAUUAUUGGAGGAAUCGGUCUUGGUAUCAGUGUAGUACGAGUGCUCGCAAUUGUGGCAGAACACUUUGACCGUUAUCGAAUCUUUGCCCUUGCUUUGGCAAGUAGCGGGGCUGGGUUUGGGACUUUCGUCUACUCAGCACUGGGAACUCAGCUAAUCGAAACCUACACUUGGAGGGUGGCGCUAACGAUCAUUGGAGCACUUCAUCUGAACAUCAUUCCUCUGAAUCUGGUCCUGCGACUACUGCCGCCCGAACCGUUGAGACAGACCAAUACCCAUGCUGCAAACCAACCAAUCUUGUCCACAAACAAACGGGAGAAAAAACGCAGUCAGUCUGGAUCAAUUUUGUCCCUAUCUGGAUGCAGCUUCUUGAGUAAACCUGAUGGCGUCAGCGGUCCAGCUCAGAGUGUAUGCAACCAGCAAACGGAAAAGGACACGUCACCUCGUGACUUGAAAAUGAUGGUCGAGUUCCUUCAGGCAUCAGAAACUAUCGUUGAUCAGAGCCAAGUGCCGACGUCAUCCCUAACAUUUUUCAGUAAAGCCAAUAAGGAGAUAUUUGAUUUGAUCAGGCAGCUUGCGAAAGAAACACUAGGUGAAGCUGAAACAGAAACCAGGCAAACUCUAAUUCCCAUGGUCUUUGUAUUUGGUAAAAUCGGGAAUUCCGGGAUACCUGAUCUGGUUCAACUUCAAAACCUAUGGAAGCCAGUUGUUUUCAGAGAUGGGUUCGCUGUAGCUAUGAUGUCAAAGUACGACCGAAGUCAAGUAUGGCGACGUCGAGUUGAGGGUCGCAUACAAGAACUUGCACACGAGUUCAACGCGCAUGGUAUUGGAGUUUCUCCAGCACGCAUACUGGUAAUGAUUGAUCGGUUGGAGAACCAGAUGCAUUCAGAAUAUCCUAAUUUUGGGUCGGGAGAUCGUCCAAGUGUUCGGUAUGUUUAUUAUGGUUCAGAUGAAGUCCCCACCCUCAAAGAAGCUAAAUCAGAGGAUGUCAGGACAGACGGCACUAAGGUGGAAGAAAAACUUGAGGCAGACACAAACCCCAUAAUGAAUGCAAAAAUGCCACCUUCAGCUGAGUUGUCAGUGGGCCGCAGAAGAGCAACUGACAUGACAUCAUCUAUUUUUCUAGUUAGUAAUCCAGAGGAUUCAGUCGAUUACGCGACACCGAAGCUAGAAGAACUUGUACCGAAGUGCUCUGAGACGGCUACUGUCCAGGAAAACAUGCCAAAAUUCAUCCAGCUGGAUCUUAUGUUCCUGUCGUUCUUGCUAUCCCGAACGCUUGGCUACAUUACCGACUCUGUUGUGUUGGCCCACCUGAGUAACUUCGGACUAAGUUUGGGAUUCGGUACUGAUGAAGCAUCCCAUCUUUUGACGUACAUUGGAAUAACGGCAAUGCUUGGUCGGUUUUUCAACGCUUGUUUAGUUCAGUUUGUUCCGAACUUGGAUAUGAGGAUUUACAUCUCAGUCUGUAUGUUUCUGCUGUCCACUGGCAUGAUCAUCAUGCCUUUCUAUCCUACUAAACAGGUACUUUCAGUCUUCGCUAUUGUUUACGGGCUCUUGAUGAGCCCGAGCUCUGUAUUGGCUCCCGGCUUAACAUAUGAAAUCGUCGGACCGAAACGAUAUGAGGCAGGAGUAGCCUAUCUGUUCCAGUUUGAAGCAGUGGGUUUUUUAAUUGGUGGUCCAAUUGGAGGCAUCAUAAAGGAGAUUAAUGGUCGCUACUACGAGUGCUUCAUGUUCGGUGCAGCUGCCGGCUUCGUCACAGGGCUUAUUCUCGUGUUGCAGAGGUUGUGGCUAUCUCUCCGCUUCAAUCAGUGUUUAGGUCAAGGGGAGAAGAAGACUAUUUACAAAGUGUCGAAGAACAUGUUAUCCGAGACCAACGGAGAUGUCACCGUUGCGGUGCAUCCCUAGACAGCACGCCCAGACACCGAACGCUAUUUCAUAGCCGUCUUGUGCUAUUUACGGUGUAGUCAGUCUAUCUUUUCGAAGCAAAUUUUCUUAUACCUUUGCAUCACAUUACAAAACCUAAUUGUCGUGUAUCGGUAAAAUAUAGAGAUUUCGUACAUCGC